AUGUUCCCUCCUUCCCAGCUUUCAGUGCCAGAGUCUUCAUCAAAGCUACUACUGGCCACUGCCAUCUUCUGUAUAGUAUUUUGUGUGGUCAAAGCUUUAAGAACCCGGGUCCCCAAAGGUCUGAAGAGUCCGCCUGGACCCUGGGGAUGGCCCAUCAUUGGGCAUAUGCUGACCCUGGGGAAGAACCCACAUCUGUCACUGACCAAGCUGAGCAAGCAGUAUGGGGAUGUGCUGCAGAUCCGCAUUGGCUCCACCCCUGUGGUGGUGCUGAGUGGCCUGGACACCAUCCGGCAAGCCCUGGUGAAGCAGGGAGAUGACUUCAAGGGCCGACCAGACCUCUACAGUUUCACACUUAUCACUAACGGUAAAAGCAUGACCUUCAACCCAGACAGUGGACCUGUGUGGGUUGCUCGCCGCCGCCUAGCCAUGGAUGCUCUGAAGAGUUUCUCCAUAGCCUCAGACCCGACAUCAUCAUCCUCUUGCUACUUAGAGGAGCAUGUGAACAAGGAGGCUAACCAUCUAGUCAGUAAGUUCCAGAAGCAGAUGGAAGAAGUUGGGCAUUUUGAACCUGUCAAUUUAGUGGUAGAAACGGUGGUUAACGUCAUUGGAGCCAUGUGCUUUGGGAAGAACUUCCCCCGGAAGAGCGAAGAGAUGCUGAGCAUCGUGAAGAGCAGCAACAACUUUGUGGAGAAUGUCUCAUCAGGGAAUGCUGUAGACUUCUUCCCCAUCCUGCGCUACCUGCCCAACCCAGGCCUCAAGAGGUUUAAGAACUUCAAUGAUAAAUUUGUGCUGUUCCUACAGAAGACCGUCCAGGAGCACUAUCAAGACUUCAACAAGAACAGUAUCCAGGACAUCACAGGUGCCCUGUUCAAGCACACUGAGAACUCCAAGGACAUUGGUGUCCAAAUCCCCCAGGAGAAGAUUGUCAACAUUGUCAAUGACCUCUUUGGAGCUGGAUUUGACACAGUCACAACAGCCAUCUCCUGGAGCCUUUUGCUCCUUGUGACAUGGCUCAAUGUGCAGAGGAAGAUCCACAGGGAGCUGGACACAGUGAUUGGCAGGGAUCGGCAACCACGGCUUUCUGACAGACCUCAGCUGCCCUAUCUGGAGGCCUUCAUCCUGGAGAUAUACCGAUACACAUCCUUUGUCCCCUUCACCAUCCCCCACAGUACAACGAGGGACACCUCAUUGAAUGGCUUCCACAUUCCUAAGGAGCGCUGUAUCUUCAUAAACCAGUGGCAGGUCAACCAUGACGAAAAGCAGUGGGAAGACCCCUUUGAGUUCCGUCCAGAGCGGUUUCUUACUGAGGACAGCACAGCCAUCAACAAGACUCUGAGUGAAAAGGUCAUGAUUUUUGGCUUGGGAAAGCGUCGGUGCAUUGGAGAGACCCCGGCCAAGUGGGAAGUCUUCCUCUUCUUAGCCAUCCUGCUGCAUCAGCUGGAGUUCAGCGUGCCACCAGGCCUCAAGGUGGACCUGACACCAACCUACGGGCUGACCAUGAAGCCUCCGAUCUGCAAACACCUUCAGGCCUGGCCACGCUUUUCCAAGUGA